AUGGCCGACAACGCUGUGGCACCACCACCUCUGGGCUUCCUUGCCGUGGAAGUUGACAUCUUCAGACCACCAGGAGACCCCUACAAUGACAAGACCUGGCCUUUUCCACUUAUUCGUGAAAAGGUCACCGGCACCAGUGAAUCUCAAAUUGUUACAAGCACUGCAUACGACGAUGCCUUCAUUGAGCGAUUCGUGGCUGCCGGCCAGCGACUAGCUGAGAGAGGGGCUGUGGGAAUAAUCACCAGUUGUGGGUUUCUUGCAAUGGCUCAGAAAAGGCUGGCAGCUCGUUUGCCGAUUCCAAUCGCGACAUCAUCUCUCAUACAAGUGUCAAGUCUCCGUGCCCUUAUCCCUGCAGACAAGGCUAUUGGAGUCUUGACAUACGACAGCACAAGGCUUGGAGAGGCCCAUCUAUUUGCGCUCGAUAUUAAGCCAGAGGACGUGCGAAUAUGGGGAACCUCUGAUGACGGUCAUCUGAGAGGUAUUUGCGCCAGGGGUGAAGAAUAUGACGCUGAAAGGCUGCAAAGAGAGCUGGUAGACCAAGCCAGAGCAAUGACGUCUCGAUACCCUGAGAUUGCGGCCGUUGUUUUGGAGUGCACAAACAUGCCUCCAUAUGCGGACACGAUUCAGCGUGCAAUCAACUUGCCAGUCUAUGAUGUAUAUACAAUGGGGACUUGGUUCUACUCGGGCCUUGUUCGACAGAACCCAAGCAGCUGGAAAUCUGAGAGGAGAGAAUGA